AUGUCCAUGUUGACGUCGGGACGCUUCUCUGUGACGCUGGACCCCACGACGACAUCCAACGUCCGGCGGUUCAUGAGACGGGAUGAGGAUUACACUCCGAACCCGUGCUCGUUCUACCUGCUCAAUCUCGCCAUCGACACGACAAUCGGCAUCCCCAUCCUUAUCGUGCUCCUCCGAGUUCUGACCGCCCUCGUAUCAUAUACACCCCUGGGCAAGCCCGAAGAGUCGAUCCGAUCCGGCAACUAUGGCAACCCUCCCAGCGCCUGGUGGUGGCUGAAGCAGUCGUUCAUCUACUUUUGUGGUCUCUUUGGCAUGAAGGUCUGCGUCCUCAUCAUCUUCCUCCUGCUGCCAUGGAUCUCGCGCGUCGGCGACUGGGCCUUGGGGUGGACCGAGGGCAACGAGCAGCUGCAGAUCUUCUUCGUCAUGAUGUUCUUCCCGCUCGUCAUGAACGCGAUGCAGUACUACAUCAUCGACUCCUUCAUCAAGCAGCCGCAGAACGAGCAUGAGCGGCUGCCGGACGAGGACCCCGAUUGGAGCGCAAGGCACGCGGGCGGUGGCCCGUACGAUGACGCCGACUUGGCGGGUGAGGAGGGCACGGGCUCAAACGACGGCGCGAGUCUCAAGUUGAAGAAGGCGAACAAUGCGGACGAUGCCGAGUACGACCCGGACGUCGACGGCGACGUGCCGACAGUGAUUGGUAGCAGUUCGAGCCGGUCAAACCACCAGAGGAAAGAUAAGGAUAUCUCGGCGGAGCUCUUCCCCAAGGAGUAA